UCCUGCGCGUUUUCUGAAUCUCGUUGCUGUGCAUAUCCAUCCUGACUCCGACGAGAAGAAUUAUUUCACCGUGCGGGUCUAACAGCAGGCAGUUCAUGUGUAUGUAAAAGUAUAAUAGUAUAGCGCACCACUCAUCUAUAAUAGCUAUCCGGGAAGAGGAACAGUCAAACCAUCGUUUAUCACCAAGCUUAAACACGUCGAGCGCUGGAUAAGCACCUUGAUGGCACCUCCGCACACCCUGAUGUCCAACUCUAACCAACUCCUUCCCCCAUCCCAAUAAAUACCCCCAUCCUUCUGCGCACUGUCGCCCCGAUCAUUCUACUCUCCUAAAUCCAACUCAAUCAACUCACGAUGGCACACGAAAACGUCUGGUACGCUCGCAAAGGCACAGUCGACUACGGAAAAGGCCAACGCAGAUGUCGUGUGACGGGGGAGAAAGGAAACGGACUGAUUCGUAAAUACGGGUUGAAUAUCUCGCGGCAGGCGUUUAAAGAGAGGGCGGAGGAGAUGGGGUGGAAGAAGUAUCGAUGAGCGAUGCAAAAAAAGAAAAUCUUUUUGUAGUUCAUGGGUCUUUGGGAUAGGUCGCAGGAGCAUAUUAGCAUGAACUGGACCUGUGUGGAUCGUGAAAAAAGGAUGGCUUGUAAAGAAAGCUCCGAUAUUUUUGCGGGGAAUCCGGAUGAGGUAGGACGGUCUGCAAUCGAAUUUGUAUCAAGGACACUC